AUGAAGAAACUGAGAAAUAAUAAGUCUUUAUAUUGCAGUGCUUUCGUUAUAGCAAUUAAUGAUCCAUUAAAAAAAACUGAUAUUAUGAAAUUGUCAGAAAAUGAAAUAUAAUUAGCAAAAUGGAUUAAGCUUACUUAUUUUGAUGAUCCUGUUUACAAAAUAAAAAAGAGUUAACAUUAUUUUGGGCCUAGGUUUGUAGCAAAAUAUUUCAAGUCAGCAGAAACUGCAGCUUUGGAUGUUGGUUUUGAUGAAAUGCUAUAUGGGUUCACCUUUUUCAUGACAAUUGCCUUUUUAAUUUUAAUACAGAAACACUAAAAAGUGUUGGAACAUGCUCAUUUUGCAAAGUUCACUUUCACAGGACCAAUAAAGUAUGCUCUAGAGUAUGGAGCCAUUAUGGCUUACAAGAAGGAGAGAAUUAGUCUGUUUGAAAAAUGGCAAUGGCCAAUUUCCAUUUACUUAAUUCCUUUAAUAAUAUUGAUGAUAAUUAUAAUUUGGUUUAUAUUUUUAUGA